AUGGCGGAUGUACUGGAUCUUCAUGAGGCGGGAGGCGAGGAUUUCGCCAUGGAUGAGGAUGGCGAUGAGAGCUUACAUAAACUGAAGGAAAAAGCAAAGAAACGGAAAGGUCGCGGCUUUGGUGAGUACGAAGGGACCCGGGCGCGAAUGUGUGAGGAUUUCGACAGUGUGGAGCAGGAUGGAGAUGAACCCGGACCGCAGCGCUCUGUUGAAGGCUGGAUUUUGUUCGUCACUGGAGUUCAUGAGGAAGCCACUGAAGAAGACAUCCACGACAAAUUUGCAGAAUAUGGAGAAAUAAAAAAUAUCCACCUCAACCUGGACAGGCGUACAGGAUACCUGAAGGGAUAUGCUCUGGUUGAGUAUGAAACAUUCAAGGAGGCCCAGACUGCCAUGGAGGGACUCAAUGGCCAGGAUUUGAUGGAACAGCCCAUCAGUGUUGACUGGUGUUUUGUUCGUGGACCUCCCAAGAGCAGGAGGAGAGGUGGCCGAAAACACAGCAGGAGUCCAGACCGGAGUCCAGGCCGGAGGCCAGGCCGGAGGCGGCGCUGA